CGCGUUUGCACCCACAAGGCUGGUCUCAUCCGCAAGUACGGCCUCAACAUCUGCCGUCAGUGCUUCCGUGAGAAGUCGGCCGACAUCGGUUUCGUCAAGGUAAGCAACGCGAAUGACAGGGAUUUAUGGGAGUUGGGGGAGGGGAGAGGAUAUGGGGAAAGGACGAGGCGCGCGGGCCGAGGGGAGGAUGUCCUAUGUACUUCUCCUCUCCUUCCUCUGACCCUAGAGGCAAAACGGAUCGUGGAGAGCGGGAAGAGGGACGCGACACGAGAAGAGAUCUUGCUGCUCGCUUGGAUUGAAGAGACUGACAUAUUUUACUUUGCAGUACCGGUAAAUUAUUCGCCAGUUUACCUUACCUAG